UUCAACUACAAAAAAUCAAAGUUCAUCAACAAUUUAAGCGUAUUUAUCUUGCUCUCUCCUCCCUUGAAAUCACCUUCAAGUCUCGCUUCAAUGGCCCUCUACCUAUCAAAAUCUGGCAAACUAUUGCCCCAUUUCAAACAAAAAAUAUGUUCUUUGGGGAUGAUUAGCCUCACCUCAAUCGCUUCUUGUUUCUCCCAAAAUCCUCCACUUUCACCUCAACCCCCAUAUGCAGCUCCCUCCCUUUUCGCCUCUCGUCGUUUUGGGUCUGUUAAAGCUGAGAACUUGGCUUCUAUCACCAACACUGCCGAUUCUCAGGCACUGAAUUUCCCUGGAGGAAUGGUUAAGUUCACCCCUGAGCUGAAAUUCAUAUCAGAUCUUCCCGAAGAAAGGAUUCAUUGCUACCGAGUUCUUGACGAAAGUGGACACCUGCUAACCAGCGAUUUUGUAGAGAUAGACAAGGACAUUGCUGUGAAGAUGUAUAAAGAGAUGGUUAUGCUUCAAACUGUCGAUACCAUCUUCUAUGAAGCGCAAAGACAAGGGAGGAUAUCGUUCUAUGUUACAGCAGCGGGAGAAGAAGCCAUAAACAUUGCGUCCGCAGCUGCACUCAGCAUGGAUGAUUUCGUCUUCCCUCAGUACAGGGAGGCCGGAGUUUUACUGUGGAGGGGAUUCGGGCUUCAAGACCUUGCAAACCAAUGUUUUGGAAAUGUAGGCGACAAUUGUAAAGGGAGGCAGAUGCCGGCACAUUAUGGAUCCAAGAAGCACAAUUAUUUCACAGUGGCUUCAACAGUUGCUACUCAAAUUCCCCAUGCCGUUGGUGCUGCUUAUUCGUUAAAGAUGGAAGGUAGAGACGCAUGUACAAUCACUUAUUUCGGAGAUGGAGGCACUAGCACGGGGGAUUUUCAUGCUGCAAUGAAUUUUGCAGCUGUUUUGGAGGCACCUGUUAUUCUUUUUUGCCGAAACAAUGGAUGGGCAAUCAGCACCCCUGUUAGUGAUCAGUUUCGAAGUGAUGGCGUUGUUGUUAGAGGUCAAGCUUAUGGAAUCCGUAGCAUUCGUGUAGACGGUAAUGAUGCCCUAGCUGUGUUCAGCGCGGUUCAUAUGGCCCGUAAAAUGGCAAUUUCUGAAUCUAGACCUGUGCUGAUUGAGGCCCUCACGUACCGAGCAGGACACCACUCUACAUCGGACGAUUCCUCCAAAUAUCGCCCGAUUGAAGAGAUAGAAUGGUGGAGAGCAGUUCAAGAUCCCGUUGCUAGAUUUAGGAAAUGGCUUGAGAUACAAGGCUGGUGGAGUUGUGAGUCGGACACAGAACUCAGGGACAGGGCUCGUCAGGAGGUGCUGAAUGCAAUUCAAAUUGCAGAGAAGAUGGAGAAACCGGGUCUAGGAGAAAUUUUCACAGACGUAUAUGAUUUUCUGCCUUCCAACCUCAGCGAUCAAGAGAAGUCGCUUCGACAAACUGUUCAAAGGCAUCAAAGGGACUAUCCUCAUUUUAAGUUAUAGGUAGUAAUCUUCAAGCAUUAGCGCCUCCUGCGUUUGUGGAUCUACUUAUUCCCUUAUUGCUAAUGGAACUCUAUUACAACUCUA